AUGUAUCCCACAAGAAGAAUGAGUAACAAACCGAAAAACAAAAGAAAGAGCAAGGAAGAAAAAAGUCAAGAAAUGUCUACCAAUUUAAAAUACCUUUCCCUGGGCAUCCUGGUGUUUCAGACCACAAGUUUAGUCUUGACCAUGCGUUAUUCUCGGACACUGAAAGAAGAAGGACCUCGUUACUUAUCCUCUACUGCAGUAGUUAUUGCUGAACUUCUGAAGAUUUUGGCCUGUGUUCUAUUGGUCUACAAAGACAGCAAGUGCAAUUUACGGACUCUGAACAGAGUGCUACAUGAUGAAAUCCUUAAUAAACCCAUGGAAACUCUUAAACUUGCUAUUCCUUCAGGAAUUUAUACUCUUCAGAAUAACUUGCUGUAUGUAGCAUUGUCAAACCUAGAUGCAGCCACAUACCAGGUUACAUAUCAACUGAAAAUUCUUACCACAGCAUUGUUUUCUGUGUCCAUGUUGAGCAAGAAAUUGGGUGUAUACCAGUGGCUUUCAUUAGUUAUAUUGAUGACAGGAGUGGCAUUUGUGCAGGGAUCGCAGUUUGUAGGCCUGAUGGCAGUUCUCAUAGCGUGCUUUUCUAGUGGAUUUGCUGGGGUUUAUUUUGAGAAAAUUUUAAAGGAAACUAAGCAGUCUGUGUGGAUCAGAAACAUUCAGCUUG